ACAUGACAUAUUUUCUUUACGAUGAACUCCAUGCUGUAAACCUUUUUCUAUGGCAAUCAUCUCUCUCAAACAUUCAAUACACCAACCCAAAUCCCAGACUGUAAAGUUGGCUGAAAUACACAAAACAUAGAUAUUGUGAUUAUAUGUGUAUUAUAAAUGAUGAAAAAAAGAUGAUGCGCCAAAGUUAUACACAUUGCAACUGAACUUGUGCUUGCCUGAUUAAGUGUUCUCGCACGCUAUGAUUGAUAAAAAGCUGACGCUCAAACUUGAUUUUUACUUUGAUAUUACUUUACAUUCACAUAAAGGGAAAUUUCAAGAUGGCAGUACCUACAGAAAAUGUAAUAAAUACACCCAUUAGUGAUCCAGUAACAAAAGCGGUGGUAGAUAAUAUAAUGGGAAAUUUACCUACAAAGAAACCACAUGUCCGUUGUGAAGAUUGUGACCUCUCAUUCACCAGCCAAACAGUUCUGGACGCACACCUACAGGGUGCUCGACAUGCCAAGCAGGUAAAAUCCAAGGCUAUCAUGGCCGUUCUGGACAAUACCAAAGUUGCUUUCACUAAGGAUCAAGAAACCAAUGGGCUGCGGUGCAACGUCUGCAAUGUUUCCUUGAAUUCAAUCCAACAACUGCAGACACAUCUGAAUGGCAAUCGUCACAAAAAGAAGGCUACAAAAGGUGGGUGGAAUGAGAGAGAGGCAUCACUUGCCAGUUUUAUAACACCACCGAUUGCUGCAGGACCCAUCUUGCCGACAAAAAGUACCUUCCUGACAUGUGAUAUUUGCAACAAGUUAUUCAACUCUCAGGGCCAAUAUGACGAGCACAUACUGUCAAAAAAGCAUUGCGCGAAGCUGAACAGUACUAACAGCCCAGGGAACAAGCGGUUUGUUCCCUACAGAAAAAAACAAAGGAGCAUUGAUAAUUCUGUGUCUUACAUGAAAUCGCUAUCGAACAAUUUUAUUCCAGAUGGCUAUGAAAAUUAUACAUAAGUUGUAUUAACUAUUAUACAAAUUUUUGUUACCAGUUGACACAAGUGUUUUCAGUUAGAGUUUAUGAUAUCAUUGCAACCGUAAUACUUGGUUAUGAAACAUCACUCCAAUAAUAGUUUAUGCAGCGUUUUUUUUUUAAUCUGUCCCGUCCCAUAAAAAAGAGACUAAUAAAAUCGAGAUUUAAAUAUA